UGCAACCACGUGCGUUUGUAAUCUAAUCUUCGAUGAAAUACCGGGUUUAUUUGAGUAAUUGUACUUUAUGUUUUAAUUGCAUGUCAUUACUUUGAUCUUUACUUCGCGAGGGAAAUUCAUUUCGAUUUAUCUGAAGCAUUAUAAUUUAUUCAAGGGAAAAAUGGAGCAAGCAUAUCUUCAAGAACCACUGGCAACUAAUGACCCUGAGGUGUAUGACAUCAUUAAGAAGGAGAAAACACGUCAAGUUCGUGGUCUUGAACUCAUUGCAUCAGAGAACUUUACGAGCAAGGCUGUUCUAGAGGCCAUGGGCUCUUGCAUGCACAAUAAAUAUUCUGAGGGUGAGCCAGGAAAACGUUAUUAUGGAGGAAACCAGUUUAUAGAUGAAAUGGAGAUUUUGUGCCAAAAUCGAGCUUUGGAAGUUUAUGGAUUGGAUGCCGAGAAAUGGGGUGUAAAUGUUCAACCAUACUCUGGCUCGCCUGCAAAUUUUGAGGUGUACACAGCAUUGUUGCAACCUCAUGACAGAAUCAUGGGUCUCGACCUGCCUGAUGGUGGGCAUCUCACCCAUGGAUUUAUGACGGACAAAAAGAGGAUAUCUGCCACAUCGAUAUAUUUUGAGUCAAUGCCUUACAAACUGAAUCCAGAAACAGGAUAUAUUGAUUAUGAUAAAUUGGAGGAAAGUGCAAAAUUGUUUCGUCCUAAAAUCAUCAUCGCUGGCUACAGUGCCUAUCCACGUGAUUUGGAUUACAAACGAUUUCGUGCUAUAUGUGACAGCGUCGGUGCCAUGUUGCUAGUUGACAUGGCUCAUUUCAGCGGUCUGGCUGCAGGUCGAGUUGUCACCAGUCCUUUCGAGCUUGCUGACAUUGUCUCCACUACCACACAUAAAUCUUUGCGUGGUCCGCGAGCUGGUAUGAUCUUCUACCGGAAGGGAGUUAAGGGUCAUACGAAGACCGGUCAGCCGAUCAUGUACGACUACGGUCCGAAAAUCAACGCUGCAGUGUUUCCUGCCCUUCAAGGUGGACCACACAAUCACGCAAUUGCCGCUUUGUGUGUUGCCCUCAAGCAAGCUCUUCGGCCCGAUUUUAAAGAGUAUGCCAAGCAGAUUGUCUCUAAUUGUCAAGCCAUGGCCAAGGUUUUGGUUUCGAAAGGUUACUCCUUGGUCUCUGGUGGCAGCGAGAAUCAUUUAGUGUUAUGGGAUGUUAGACCACUGGGCACCGACGGAGCCAAAAUGGAGAAGAUAUUGGAAGCAGUUUCUAUCACAGUCAACAAGAAUUCUUGCCCGGGGGAUAAAAGUGCUCUGCGACCGGGUGGUCUGCGGGUUGGUACGCCUGCGUUGACUUCGCGAAAUUUCAAAGAAGCAGAUUUCGAAAAAGUUGCGGAAUAUUUACACCAAGGAGUUCAACUUGGGUUGGAAAUAGCCAAGGCUAGUGGCGGGAAUUCUCUUAAAGAGUUUACAGCUACCAUGGCAAAAGAGGAAUUUGACGGCAAAAUUAAGGCAUUGCGCGAGGAAAUUGAGGAAUAUAGCGCUAAGUAUCCAAUGCCAGGGCAUGAACUUGUAUGAUUUUGAUGAGCAGGAGUGGAUUUUACCAACUACAUUACAACAAAUAGCAUUAUAUCCAAAUAUACAUUUAUCGCUUACCGUUAUAUUAAUCCAAAUAGUAGUCUUGUUCAAUUCUCUUUCUUAUUAAUAUCACGAGAACCAUUAUUACAAUCAUUAGAACUAUAAAUUAGAAAACUACCGUUUCAUUCUUUCUUAAUGGUGUCUUAAAAACUAUAAAUUCUGUUUUUAAUUUAAUCACAAUCUGUAUCAACUUCCCUACUAAA